AUGUUAUCCAAUCUUUUCCUCGUGCUGAUCUCCGCCAAUGCGGCUUUCAGCGCCACUCUUUACGUUUCGCCAUCCGGCUCAGAUACCGCAGCCGGAACACUCGCUGCUCCUUACAAGUCUAUUCAAGUCGCAGUGAACAAAGCUGUCGCUGGUGACACUAUUUACUUGCGCGCUGGAACAUACUCGCUUACAACCAACAUCCAGAUCAAAUCCAAGAGUGGAACUGCCUCAGCUCCGAUUACACUCUCGUCGUACUCGGGCGAAAAGGUAGUCAUUGAUGGAGAAGGUCUUCCUUAUACACCUGCUGCUCUGGACGCGAGUCUUCCGGCCGCCAGCCGAGGUAUCUUGCACAUUGAGAAAGCGAACUACUGGAAGUUCUAUGGAUUGGAGCUGAAAAAUGGCCCAUACGGGGUGUACGCCGUGGACAGCUCUAACAACUACUACGAGCGUCUCAUCACCCGGGACAACUACGAGACUGGCUUCCAGAUGCAAGGAGCUUCUGCCAAGAACACCAUCCUUUACCUUGAUUCUUACGGAAACCGUGAUCCGCGCAAAAACGGCGAGAGUGCGGACGGAUUUGCUUGCAAGGAGGGAAGUGGAGAGGGCAACCUCUUGAAAGGAGCAAGACUUUGGAAUAAUGUCGAUGAUGGUCUUGACUUGUGGGAGUUCAAGUCUGCUGUUACUAUUGAGGACACCAUCUCAUGGGGUAACGGCGUCAACCGCUGGGGAUUCUCCGACUUCCAGGGCGACGGAAACGGCUUCAAGCUCGGCGGCGGAGACGCCGCAGACAAAGGCCCAGCCAACCACGUCAUCACCAACUGCAUCGCCUUCCAAAACGCCGCCAAAGGCUUCACCGACAACAGCCAAACCGGCAACUUCGUCUUCACGCGCAACACAGCCUGGAAGAAUGGCGACACUGGCUUUAAGUCUUCCACUGCGGCGUCGACUUUCAAGUCCAACAUCGCUGUCAAUAACGGAAAUAGCCAGGUUAGUCUUAGCGGGAAGUAUACUCAGACUGGGAAUAGCUGGCAGAGUGGAACGUGGAAUGAUGCUAGUUUCAAGAGCACUAGUUCUGCGGCUGUUACGGGUGCGAGGGCGAGUAAUGGGAAGGUUGUGGGGAGUGACUUUUUGAUCCCCACCAGUGGGGCUGCGAUUGGAGCGACGACUUACUGGUAA